AUGAGCGUCCUCAAUGUGAUCAAAGCUUGUCGCAAGGGCUCCGCACCCUGGCCAACCCUCCCGGCCAUCAUGCGUCCCCUGCUAGGUAAUAUCUUUGCCUACGCCCUGUCCCGUAUGUGGCUCAUCUACUCACCUACCUCUGUGAUCACCCAAAGCCCUCGGCUCUUCCUACUGUGCAUUGGCACUCUCUCUGCCCAUAUCACGCACAUCCGCCGUGUGCCUGAGAGAAGCCCAAAGUCCGUUAGUCGAAAUACGCGAUUCGUUGCUGGGGAGGCAGGGGGGAGGGGUUCAAGGAUUGCACACACCUACAUCUGGUUUGCAUACAGGAUGAAGCAUAAUCACGCCAAUCACCUUUUUGUUGUUCGGGUCACGAUGCGGACUGGUUGGUGGUGA